AUGACCACCCGCCUCAGGAAGACCCGCAAGCUCAGGGGCCACGUCUCCGCUGGCCAUGGACGCGUGGGGAAGCACAGGAAGCACCCCGGCGGUCGCGGAAAAGCCGGAGGCAUGCACCACAACAGAAUUCACUUUGACAAAUUCCACCCAGGGUACUUUGGAAAGGUCGGUAUGCGCCACUUCCACCUUCUGCGGAACAAGGAUUACUGUCCCACGGUCAAUGUAGACAAACUCUGGUCUAUCCUUUCGGAUAAGGCGUUCGAACAGGCGAAGAAGGGUCAGAAUGGAAAGGCCUUUGUUGUCGACUGCACCCGGGCUGGGUACUUCAAGGUGUUGGGAAAGGGCGAGCUGCCCAAGCUGCCGUUGAUUGUGAGGGCCCGCUUCUUUUCAAAGUUGGCAGAGAAGAAGAUCAAGGAGGCAGGAGGUGUAUGCGUCCUUAGCGGUUAA